AUGGCUACAGUCGGCUCACUCACUGAAUUUGCCGACAGAGACGGCGACUGGAUUGAAUAUGUCGAAAGGCUGGAGCACUUUUUCCUGGCAAAUGACAUUGACAACGAGGGGAAGAAGAGGUCGAUUCUUCUCAGUGUGUGCGGAGCGAAGACGUACAAGUUGAUACGUAAUUUAGCAACACCUCGGAAGCCCAGAGAUCUCAGUUUCAAAGAACUGGUAACGCUGGUACAGAACCAUCACUGCCCGAAACCCUCUGUGAUUGUUCAACGCUUCAAAUUCCACACUCAUUCACGUAAGUUGGGAGUUUCAGUGGCUGCAUUUGUGGCUGAGCUAAGACAAUUGUCCGAGCACUGUGAGUUUGGAAGUGUGCUGGAUGACAUGCUGCGCGACAGGUUGGUCUGUGGCAUAAAUGACGACUGCAUGCAGCGCCGCUUGUUAGGAGAAACAGCGCUUAAUUUCAAAAAGGUGCUGGAUAUUGCUCAGGCCAUGGAAACAGCAGCUAAUAAUACUAAAGACAUUCAAAAGGCUAAUGACAGUGUGCAGCCAACCGCCGUUCAUCGUUUGUCCAAGGAAAAGAAAGACAAGCCACAAAAGUCAGUUGAAUGUUACCGGUGUGGGGGAGCACAUUUUGCCAAUGACUGUGGUUUCAAAGACAGUAUGUGCCAUAACUGCAAGAAAAAGGGGCACAUAGCCAAAAAGUGCAGAGGCAGGGCUAAAGAUAAACAGAAAAAGGAGUGGAAAAUGAAACCCAAAUGGGACACACAUCACCUGCAGAGCGAGGUACCUGAGGAGGAGCGUGCAUUCAACAUGUUCAACCUCAAGGAGCCACGGGCAGAGCCCAUCUGUGCAACACUACAGGUAAAUGGCAAAGGGCUACAAAUGGAAGUGGACACGGGAGCCUCAGCUUCAGUGACAAGUCAAGCUACCUACCACAGAUUGUGGCGCUAGGGAGGGGCGCCUGCACUCAAAGAGACUAAUAUCAGGCUGAGACAGUAUACUGGUGAGUGCAUUCCACUUCUGGGAGCUAUAGAGGUAAAUCUGGCAUAUCAAGGCCAGGAGGCCACAGUGAGGCUACUGGUGGUGGAAGGAGAGGGACCUACUUUGCUGGGAUGUGACGUCCUACAGAAAAUCUGCCUCAACUGGAGAGAAAUCAGGUACGUUACAGAGAUAGGAGAUAUACUUGCCAAGUAUGCAGACGUGUUUAAGGAUGAGCUAGGCACCCUGCGGGGGACAACAGUUAAGCUGUGUGUGGAUCCCAAUGCACAGCCACGCUUUUUCAAACCACGUGCAGUGCUAUAUGCCAUGAAGGCCAAAGUGGAAGCAGAGUUGGAGAGACUGCAGCAGCUAGGCAUCAUCGAGCCUAUUGAGUUCUCUGACUGGGCAGCCCCGAUUGUGCCAGUGCUGAAAGGGGACGGCGAGGCGCGCAUAUGUGGUGAUUACAAACUGACAAUAAAUCAAGCCUCUCAGCUUGAUACCUAUCCACUGCCCUGAGUGGAGGACCUGUUUGCUACGCUGGCAGGUGGGCAAACGUUUACAAAACUGGACAUGAGUCAUGCAUACCAGCAACUGCUGCUGGACGAAGAGUCUAAGAAAUAUGUGACUAUCAACACACAUAAGGGACUGUUUAAGUACAACCGCCUAGUGUUUGGCGUCGCUUCCAGUCCAGCUAUUUUCCAACGCACCAUGGACAAUCUCCUGCAAAACAUUCCCCAUGUAGCUGUCUACUUAGACGACAUCUUGGUGACAGGUAGAACUGAAGAGGAGCAUCUGCGAAACCUCGAUCGAGUGUUGAACAGAAUGGCAGAAGCCGGGCUGCGCCUGAAACGCAGCAAGUGUGUUUUUCAAGCUCCAAGUGUCACCUACCUGGGCCAUCGGAUUUCAGCUCAGGGCCUGUCUCCACUGGAAGAGAAAGUGAGGGCGAUAAAGGAAGCUCCAAGUCCAAAUAAUGUUGCAGAGCUCAGGUCAUUUCUGGGCUUAGUGAACUACUAUGGGAAGUUUUUGCCUGACCUCUCUACUGUUCUCGCACCACUCUAUCAGUUGUUGCACAAAGACAGUUCGUGGCAAUGGCGACAAACUCAACAGAAAGCAUUUCAACAGGUAAAAGAACUCUUACACUUAGCACCCCUGCUCGUGCACUUUGAUCCAGACAAGGACGUCAUCUUAUCCUGUGAUGCCUCACCGUAUGGUGUAGGAGCUGUCCUUUCUCACCGCAUGGAGGAUGGCACAGAAAAGCCUAUUGGAUAUGUGUCACGUACACUUACAGCAGCUGAAAAAGGCUACUCACAGCUCGAGAAGGAAGGGCUAGCUGUAGUUUUUGCUGUAAAACCUUUUCAUCAGUACCUGUAUGGCCGCCCUUUUACCAUCUUUACAGACCAUAAGCCCCUAUUAGGUCUGUUUAGUGAGUCUAAAGGCAUCUCACCCAUGGCUUCAGCUCGUGUACAGUGCUGGGCAUUAACAUUAUCAGCAUACCAGUAUCACAUAUUAUACAAGGCAGGGAGUGAAAAUGUAAAUGCAGAUGCUUUCAGCCGUCUCCCCCUCCCUGACACUCCAAGUCUGUGUAGUCUACCCCCAGAGACUGUGUUUUUGUUAGAGAGACUAUCUACCUCCCUUGUGACAGCCAAGCAAAUCAAAAUGUGGACUGACCGAGACCCUGUGUUGUCACAGGUUAAGUGCUGGCUAAUGCAGGGCUGGCCAGCAGCAGUUGAGCAGGAAGAGCUUAAACCUUAUGCUAGACGUCAGCAAGAGCUCAGUGUUCAGGAUGGCUGCGUCCUCUGGGGAUCCAGAGUCAUUGUCCCACCCCCAGGUAGAGCUCAGAUCAUGGAAGUACUACAUGAAGCCCAUCCAGGGGUGUCCCGCAUGAAAAGCCUCGCCAGGUCCUUUGUGUGGUGGCCUGGGUUGGACACUGCCUUCGAAGAAAAGGUAAAAGCAUGUUCACAAUGUCAGGCGAAUCAAAAGAUGCCAGCUGCAGCUCCACUCCACCCAUGGGAGUGGCCUAGUCGUCCAUGGUCCAGACUACACCUGGAUUUUGCAGUUCCAUUUAUGGAUCACAUGUUCCUAGUGUUAGUGGACUCACAUUCCAAGUGGCUCGAAGCACACAUUAUGUCCAACAUCACAGCUUCACUCACCGCUGAUACUCUCAGAAGCAUCUUUGCUACACAUGGUCUGCCAGAUACUGUUGUCACAGACAAUGGGCCUACUUUCACCAGUGAUGUUUUCAAGGUGUUCAUGGAGAAAAAUGGGAUCCGUCACAUUCGUACUGCACCUUAUCACCCCGCCUCCAACGGCUUAGCAGAACGUGCAGUUGAAACACUGAAAGCAGGUCUGCGAAAGAUGUCAGGACAUUCACUAGAAAUGAAGCUUUCACGUUUCCUGUUCCAGUACCAGAUUACUCCUCACUCAACCACCGGAUUGACGCCGGCUGAGAUGCUUAUGGGGAGGAAACCCAAAUCUCAUCUGGAUCUGCUUCGUCCAGAUGUGGGAGCCAGAGUUGCCCGGUCACAAGAUGAGCAGAAAGCUAGACGAGACCUGCAUGCUAGAGAGCGGUUGUUUAAACCAGGGGACAGUGUUUAUGUCAAAAACUUUGGCAGUGGCUCGCCGUGGCUGCCAGGUGUCAUUCACCGCUGUUCUGGUCCUGUGUCUGUUAUUGUGGACUUACAGGAUGGCAGACUGAUUCGCAGGCAUCUCGACCACGUGCGUGUCCGCACUGGUGAAGAGGGGAAGGGGCCUCAGAGUGUUUCACACGAGGACAGUGUGGACAGCUCUAUGGACUCUGUGGUGGUACCAGUUGACCCUGAGCACACUGAUGAGCUAUCAGUGCAAACUGGUUCACCUUCACCAGCCACAAAUAUUUCCAAUGGAGCACUCUCUGCUCCUGGAACUGUGAACACUACUGCAGAACUGAGAAGGUCAAAGAGGCAGCACAAGCCUCCUGAUAGACUGAGUUUAUGAACUGUUAAAGGCUUUGACAUCUGUUUUUAAAAAAAAAAAAAAAUGUUGAAUACAACAGGGUCAGUUUAAAUGCUAUGUGCUAUAUGUUCUGGCUAUACAUGUUUGUGGUGAAAUGUCAAACUGUAGCUAAGUGACAAAGUUGUAUUUAGCACUUUGAAACAGAGACUAAAAUGCCAUACGUUUGUGCAAUUUGAGCCAUGUUAUAUGUUUCAACUUUAGGGGGGAGAAGUGUGAUAGAGUGAUUGUGUCACGGUUUGGAAUGUACCCCGGAACCUUGGUAUUGGUUAGGUGUUCUCACCCGGGACUGUUAUGAUGAGGUACGCUCCUGUGGAUUCCCGCCUGCAUGUGUUGUAAGUGAA